GCACGAUGAGCGCACAUGGGACAUGUGCACACGACACACAGUCCUCGCUUGCACACGUGCACGGCGUUCAAGCCGCGAAUGGAGCUUGCACAAAGCCAUCAGCACAUGGAAGGCGCAAGCCGCACGCGUGCAUGGGACCAUGCACGUGUGCAGGACACUGAUGGCACUCAGCAUUGCAGGUGGUGACAUGCAGGACACGCAGUACGUGUGCCCGUGGCACUGUGGCACACAGGCACAGGGCUGGCUGCCCUGCGGCAGUCAGGUGCAGCUCCAGGUAGGUCUCAGCAGUCUGCUGGCACUGAGCAAAGCCGCUGCUGGAGAUGGGGAAAGACAGCAGGAGCAGAGCGGAGGACUGAGCGGUUGCAUCUUUUUCCUGCCUACGUGUCUGCACACGGUGCUGCUGCUGCUGCAGUCCCUCUGGCCGUGUGUUGCGGAAGGGUCUCGGGGGGGAACUGGGAUUUCUGCUCCAAACCAGCACAGAGCCCAGGGCUGCUCCUUGCCUCAUUCAGACAGUACAGAGUCCUGGAGAGAUGGGAGAUGGGACAGUGAGGGAGCCUGGGAAAACGGCAAAAGCAGACCUCAGAGCUGUACCUGUGCAGCUCUGGCGGGAACAGGAGCAAUUGAGUGCUCAGAAAUGCCAUGAAUCCUGCUGCUUCCCCCAUCCCUAUGCAUAUGGGCUCAGAGCUCCGUGCCCCAGCACAGGUCAGCUACAUCCCUGCACUGGAUGGAGCAAAGGCACAUACUGGGUUACCUGAGUGAGCUUGGAAAGUUUCCAGCACGUGGUGCAGGGAAGAACCAAAAGCACAGAGCAAAGAGCCCCCCUGGAGCCAAGUGCCCACCCUGGCCUUGGGGACAGCCACACACAGUGUGUCACACCGCACAGAGCCUGACCAGCACAGCCCUGCAACCCUGCGCUCUGUCUGCUGCUGCCAACCAUGGCCAAGUUGAAAAGCCAAGAAAGCACAACACACGCCCUGAUGCGCACAGCCCCUCGCAGCCACCCAACUCAGGAUCAAACAGAGUGUGAUUAAUGGUGCUGAGCAAAGCCAGACCCUGCUGCCUGCAUGCUCCAGCCGCUGCACAUGUCUCCUGGUGCAGAUGCUAUCUGGCACAGUGGGGCACUGCAGGCACUGGAGAUGCUCACCCGGGUGUCUCCAUGUACCAUAGGGACACGUGCCCCAGUAGCACAGCCUGGGGCUAUUUGAGCCUAUGAGACCCUCCUUACACUCUGCAGGUAGCUCAGCUGCUACAAAAAGCCCUUGGUUCUGUCCCAGCAAGAGCUGGAGGCAGACCUUGUGCACGUGUGCUAGUGGGAAAAAGGGACACCUGCAGCAUCAGCAGGAGCAGCACCCAGAUGAGCCCUGGGAUGAGCUGCUCCCUGAGCCCCACGGAGCAGGGAUCUGGCCUCUGUGCUGUCACCUUGGCUCUGGGUGAAUAAAGCAGCUCAAACUGCUCGUGCUCUGUGCCCAGCUCCAUGCCCAAGCCAGCAGUGGUGAAUCAGGCUGGCAGGGGACAAAGCACAAGGCCCUGGUGUCACCACCACUGUGCCACAGCCCCAUUUGCAUCACGCUGGGCUCUCGGGGCCCUGUGCUGGGGAUUUGCAUGGUGCAGCUCUGCACGAGGCCAAUUUGCAUGGGGAGGGCAGGGUGCAGGGGGAGCACUGGGGAGCAAUGUGUGCCCCAGCGUGCAUUUGCAUACAGGUGUGUUUGCAUUCAGGUGUGCGUGCAUAUAUACAUUCAUGUGCGUUUGCAUAUGUAUGAGCGUAUGCACAGCUCAGUGCGUGUGGAUGCAUUCUUACUCACCUAAAGCUGUGGGCCUGGUGAUUCCCCUGCCACGCUCACUGCUUCAAGUGCACAGCAUGCAGACGUGGGUGUGCGCUGCUGCUGUCUCCCCAUGGGGUGCUGCCAGCACACAACGUAUCCUGCCCAGCCCGGAUGCUUUGUGCCAUCCCAGGGCGGGCACCACUUUGCUGAAGGAUGUGGCAGCUGGCUGCUGCCCUCUGCAUGCCAGCGAGACAAAGGGGGACAGCCCAAGGACCUGUUGCUUUGUACAGAGCCAUCGGGGCUGACUGGUUCUGCCAUGCCUGGAGGAGACACUGGGGCUGAGCAGGGGCUCCCUGGCCCAUGAAGGUCACCAUGCCCCUGAGCUGGCAGUGCUGCGGGUACCAACCAGUUGGCACAAGGGUUGGGCUAAGGACGCUGAGGCUGUUGUGUCCCUGAGGUUGGGUUAGUGACCUGAGGUGGGCACUAAGUGAACCAGCACAUUCCUCCAGGACAUGUAGCUAUGGGGAGCCCUGAGCGUUCCAGGCUGGGGACAUACGGGGCAGUGGGAAGGAGGUUGAUAGGCUCUGCUUCAGGUCAGGCUCUGGACCUGAGGACCACCGGCUCUCCUGCCCCAUGGCAUCCCCACACAAGCAGGGUGGGAUAGGUCUGAGGCUGGGAGGGACCUGUCACCCUUUUGGAGCUCACCUGUUGGUCGUUGUCAUGCUACCAUAGGGCAGAGCUGGUGCGGAGAUGCAGCACUUGCCACCUGCUCACACCCAGGCUGUAAUCCACAGGCAGGAGGAGAGCAGCUGGCGGAGCCUCCCUGACCUUCAGCUGAGCUCCCCGCAUGACCAGCGAAGCCAUGGACACUCUGGGGCAAUACAAGAUCACGGUGUGGGAAGAGGAGAGCUUCCAGGGCAAGCGCUGUGAGUUCCUCAUGGAGUGCCCCAGCAUCAUGGAGCGCGGCUUCCGCAAGAUCCGCUCCAUCAAGGUGGAGUCUGGCCCCUGGGUGGGCUUUGAGUACCCCGAGUACCAGGGGCAGCAGUUCAUCCUGGAGAAGGGCGACUAUCCACGGUGGGAGGCCUGGAGUGGGAACAGUGGGUACCGCACCGAGCACCUCCUCUCCUUCCGACCCGUCAAGUGUGCGAACCACAAUGACAGCAAGGCCAUCCUGUACGAGGCGGAGAACUUCCAGGGGCACAAGUUCGAGCUGAGUGACGACUACCCCUCUCUGCAGGCCAUGGGCUGGGGCAACAAGGAGGUGGCAUCCAUCAAAGUGAACGCUGGAGCGUGGGUGGCAUACCAGUACCCAGGAUACCGGGGCUACCAGUACGUGCUGGAGCGGGACAGACAGAACGGCGAGUUCAAGAAGUACAGCGAAUACAGCAGCCAGGCCCACACCAACCAGAUCCAAUCCAUCCGCCGCAUCCAGCACUGAGCGGGGGCGAAGCGCGCGCCCUCGCAGCCUGCGGGCUGCCGUGCCAUAGACCUGUACCUGGUAGCAAAUAAAGGCAUUUGUCAAAAA